AUGACACUCUCUUGCCUUAUUAUUCUUCUUGGUUUAUUUAUCCCCUUCCAUCCCAUCCAUGCCCAAUUUUCCUCCUGCAACGAACUGUCACACGUUAAAAAAAUAAUUUUCUUUGAAUUUGACACCAAAAUCAAUGAAAACUACAAAGACGAAGGUCAUAUUCUCACUCGGGAAUCUCAGCGCCACUUCCAAAAUGUUUACGGGAUUCUAAUCCUCAUAGGAUGGGGCACUUUGCUACCCAUUGGGGUAAUGACUGCAAGAUACAUGAGACACUUUCCUCCAUUUGUUGAUGUAUGGUUCAAGUGUCACAUAGUUUGCCAGACUCUGGGCUAUAUUCUGGGCACAGUAGGGUGGUCCAUAUGGCUAUAUCUUGGAAUGUCAUCAAAACUUUUGGUAUCUAAGACACAAAGUAUUCUCAGCAUCAUUGCUUUCACAUUCAUAAACCUACAAAUGCUUGGCACCGUCGUGAGACUGCAGAAAGAAGUAUGGUAUUGCAAGUGCUGGAACAUUUGUCACCAUCUUCUUGGGUAUGCCAUAAUUGGAAUAGUUAUAGUAAACAUAUUCGCUGUGUUGCAAGCUGAAACGUUGAAACGGGUUUACGUGGGAAUACUUGUAGUUUUCAGUGUGGUAGUUGUCCCGUUGGAAAUAUACAGAUGCAAGUUUAAGAUUCUGCUUCAUGUUGCCAUGAUUAACCAUGAAUUGUGGAACAGAGAAGGAAGUUGA